AUGUACACUGUGAAGGACGGGAGGGAUGUCACCCCACCGCACUGCCUACCCGGUCUGUUGCUCUAUCCCCCAUGGGACGCCGCCACUCUGGAUGUUUCCUUCAAACUCUACGAUAACCUCAACAGAGAUGCGGUGAAGGUACUCCGGUGGGACGAGACAUUUCCCGUGAACGAUCUCGUUCUGGGCGCUACUGACAAACUCGUGGUCAUCAUUCACGGCUACACUGAGAAUCCCGAUGAAGCCUGGAUAAAUAGGAUGCGGGACGCUUACUUCAGGAGACCUGAGAUUAGAUCGAUCAAAUGGAUUUCCGUCGACUGGGAGAAAGGUGCUCUCGGCUCAACAUUGUUAUUCCCACGGAACUACGUGCAAGCUUCGAGUAAUGCUCGUGCGGUCGGUAUGAUCCUUGGAACGUUCCUCGGGAGACUGAUGAUGGCCUACGACAUCGGAGAAGAAUCGUUGCAUAUCCUAGGACACUCCUUAGGGGCUCACGUGAUGGGCGGGGCGAUCGAAGUCCUUCAUCGAAACUUCAAUAUAAAGGCUGGCAGAGCGACUGGUUAG